AUGCCCGCCGCUCGAAAACGUCGCGUGGCGGAUGUUGACGAUGACUCUCCCGUCGAGACUCCCGAUCGCACAGAACCCGAGCAGACGCGGAACCGGCGCCGCACCGCUACAGAAUCGCCCGUUGAUAGCGGUUCCGACGAGGAGGACGACACGCAGCUCGGCGCCACACAGAUCCUGGGUGUGAAUCCCCUGGUCAAGAAGAUGGUCCGGCUGGCCCUGGCAAGCGAAUACUCGCGACAGCCGAUUCGGCGGAGCGAUAUCAGUCAAAAGGUUCUGGGCGAACGAUCACGGCAGUUCAAACCUGUUUUUGCGGAGGCGCAGAAGGUGCUCAAAGAUAUAUUCGGUAUGGAGAUGGUGGAGCAGCCGAUGAAGGAGAAGCUUUCAGUGAGCCAGAGAAGAGCCGCCCAACGCGCCGAAAAAGCCUCUUCAUCUUCAAAAUCCUGGACCCUCGUCUCAACCCUUCCAUCCAAAUACCGCAUCCCCGAGAUACUCCCGCCCUCCAAAGCCCCUUCUUCCACCAUCGAAAGCUCCUACAUAGCCAUCUACACCUUCAUAAUAUCCCUCAUCACCCUCUCCGGCGGCGCCAUCCAAGAGCAAAAGCUAGAGCGCUACCUCCGCCGCGUCCACGCAGAUAACUACACCCCCAUCGACCGGACCGAGAAGCUCCUCGCCCGUCUCUGCAAGGAAGGAUAUAUAGUGCGCAACCGCGACGUCUCCGGCGGCGAGGAGGUAGUCGAGUAUCUGGUCGGCCCGCGGGGGAAGGUGGAAGUGGGCCUUGACGGCGUGGCGGGCAUGGCGAGGGAGGUAUUCGGUUUCGGGAAGAUUAAUCCCGGGCCAGAGGCGCAGGAUGAGGAAGUUAUGCGGGAGUUUGAGAAGAGGCUGGAGCGGAGCUUGGGGAUUAGCCGGCAGGCGGAGGCUGGGGCGACUCAGCAGCAGGCGAGCGCGCCGGUUCAGAACGAGCAGACCCGUAGAAGGUCUCGGAGAGGUGCGGAUGUGGAUCAUGAUGGGGAUUAUGCUGGAUAG